AUGGCAAAGGUGAACGAUCUUAUAAAUAAUGUCAGUAAUUUAAAGGAUCACCCAGAGGUUGCCUUUCCUUUGUCAAGUCAGAUCAAAGCUUCUGGAAGACCUAAGCACAGUGAAAUUAGAAAAAUCUUAAAAGAAGGACUUAUAGAUGUAAUGAAUGAACUCUUAGAGGAGAAACCUCUUAAAAAAACCAUUAAAAAUAUCAAAAAAGAAACCCAAUUCGCUGAAAACAAGAGCCUCUCGAAGAAGCUGACAAAUAUUCUUCUGGAAUUAAAGGGCCUAACCACCUCCCAGAUGACUACUGAUCAAAUCGACCAAGCCGCCAUUUCGUUGACAUUUAACCCCAAGUCCGAUGGUUGGUGCGGUUUUCGUGUAUUUGCACACCUGAAAGAGGGCGGAGAGGAUCAGUUCCCUUUGGUGACGAAGAAAAUGUUGGUCACGAUGGCAACCCACAGUGAGCUCUAUGAGCAAAACCUUGGAAUGGAUAUUGCUGAGGUAACAAAGGUCAUUCCAUUUGGCUCUGACAUUGACCCAGCCAUUGGUAAAAACAUCCCCUCCUGUCCUUCCUCCAUGUGGUUCUCUGCGCCAGACUGUGCUCAAAUAAUAGCUGAAACCUAUAACGAGCUUGUUUUUGUGUACUCGGACGAUCGGAGCGUCUUGUCCAUAACUUUCUUUCCCCUCCAUGAUCAGAAGCCUCUCAAAAGAAAGCCAUUGCCGAUGGUCUUGCACCAUGUAUAUGGGUGCCACUGGACAACAAUCAAAGUAAAACCUCAUGUACAUCGGUCCUUGUCCGAGAUAGUGUCGUUAAAUGUUCUGAACUAUUGCUCCCAAAAAAAAAAGAAAUAA